AAAGCACAGCCGGAACCGGAAUUGCGGCCCGGUUUUUUAGGAAGUAAACAAACCCUGUGUAGCUCAGAGUGGGAUUCGCCGGAGUUUGUCCAGAUUGUCGUUUAGUGUUCGUGUUUCUUACUGUCAGCAGAUAAUGUUACAGUUUUGCGUGUGUGAUAGAUAAAGUCUGACCUCAUCGGCUGUCACACUGCGUCAUCACCGGGUGUAGUACCGCAGCUCCAUCAUGUCAAGGAAACAGUCAGGAAAGCCCAUAAAGGGAAACAGGAAGUGUGAAUUAGAGAGGAAGAGAGACGAGAGGGCGGCCCGCCGGGCUCUGGCCAAAGACAGGAAGAACAGACCUCCAGGGGGGGAUGAUGGAGAGGAGUUUGUCAGCUUCUCCAACCAGCUUCAGGCUCUGGGGCUCAAACUCCGAGAGGUGCCUGGAGACGGGAACUGUUUGUUCCGGGCUCUUGGAGAUCAGCUGGAGGGACAUUCGCGAGGUCAUCUGCGUCUGCGGCAGGAGACGGUACAGUACAUGAUGGCGCACAGACAGGACUUCGAACCCUUCGUUGAAGAUGACGUGCCAUUCACACAGCAUUUGUCAAACCUCUCACAGCCGGGCACAUUUGCCGGUAACGACGCCAUUGUGGCCUUCGCACGCAGCCAGCAAUUAAAAGUGGUUAUUCAUCAGCUGAACGCUCCUUUGUGGGAGAUAAAUGGUACAGAUAAGCCUUCAUGUCGUGAGCUGCACAUCGCGUAUCGCUAUGGAGACCAUUACGACAGCGUCCGAAAGAUUGGAGACAACUCUGAGAGUCCGGCCCAUCUGCGUAUAGAGAGUCUGAAUAAUUCCAGACGCUUUGGAGACGGUCAGAAGGAGAAGUCGAGAGGCGCCUCUCCCUCACGCUCUGUCUCUGAAGAUGAAGAGCUGAUCUUGAGCAUUCUCUGUGCCGAUAGUCAAUCGGACAAUCUGUGUCAAUCAAGUGCCGCAUCACAGACAUGCCACGGUGAUUGGCUGGAGUCUGAACUGAACAACCAAUUGUCACAGAGAGAUUGUGCCUCAGAGACACACUCUUUAUGUCAAGGCAUGCAAGCUGAAUGUAGUGAGAACACGUCGCCAGCAGAGGGCAGCAUUGCACACAAACCCAAGCUUUCUAACAAACAAAGGAAAGAGCAACAGCGCCUAGAAAAGAAGAAACGUCAGGAGGAGAGACAUAGACAGAAGGUUUUACAGGCCAGAGGGUCACAUGAUCAGAAUCAGAACGUACCUGAAGCCGUCACUCUCGUGCCAGCGCUCAACACCCUGAGCAUCUAGAGCGAACAUGGGAAACCGUUUUAGGUGAUCCGUACACUGUGUCAUGAUCCAGAAACUUUAAAUGUGUAAAUGUACAGGAACUGUGUUGUACGAUUGAGGGUGCUUUUCUUUCGCAUGGGGAUGACGUCAAGAUGUGUCAGGCUGUGCGCUGUGCUUGAGAUUGCUGGCGGCUGCAUUUUUGUACAGAACAUAGUCAAACAUUAACCCUCAUUCAUUUCAGUUGGCCCAUCUGAGCUCAGCCAAAGAACACUUGGAGAGGGAACCCAAAUAUAUUUAAUAAUGGACCACUGUUUAAGCCUGUCAGGAUAUUUGAUUCAUUUGUUUAAAACAUUUUUGGUUCGGUUCUAUUCCUACAUUCAGUUUUUGCAUUCGAAUGAUUGCGGUUUCAAUUUAGCAUUUCAUUUUCAAACAGUUGGGCAACUUCAUAUUCUGCAGUGGAAUUCUAUAAAUAAACUUUUCAAAUGGGAUUUAAGUUGUGUACUAUUAAAUAUUAUUCUCUAAAAGGGUAAAUCUCAGGAAAAAGCCCCUUUAUCAUUCCUGUGAAGCAAAAUUAUUAAUUGAAAAAUGCAUACUUUUUUAAGUAUAAAUUAUUAC